UUUUGCGACAUCACAUUUACACGAGACCUUACUGUACAUAAAGCUGCGCUACCGUACUAAGUCAAUUUGAUACCAGGCUGCGGACUAUCGCAUGGCCUGCAAGUACUCAGCAUGGAGUUGGCCGUCCUCGACCCUCUCAACUCGCUCGAAUCCCAUCUCAGUGCCCUCAUAACGUCGCUCACCCAAACAAACACAUUCGCGAAUGCUCCUCAAUUCGCCAAAGACCUUGUGGCCGACGAUGACAGCCUCGCCGCAGCCCUGAAUCUCCUACAGCGACACCAACAGAACUACGCUACUAUCCUCAAUCUCCGCGCCGAAGUUGCAGAAUUACAAAAUGAGCUCAAAGACACCGUCCGCCGCUGCGUCGCUCUCAGACAGGAUAUUCUUGAAGUCCAACCUUCGAUUUCCACAGCCGAUUCAGACGAAGAAGACGAUGAAGAGACGAGACCUUCAGAGAUAGACUACCACACACUGCUGGCCUUCGCGGCACGUAUAGGCAAACACAAUGCGACAGCUGCCCGUGAGGCCGAAGCAGAAUCUGUGCGAAGGAAAGUCGCUGCACAGAGGGACAAGACCAACGGACUUACAGAUAGUAAUGCUGAGAAUGCGACUGCCGAAACAGAGGCUGAGGUGGAACGAAUCAACAACACUGUAGCCCAGACCCGAGCUCAGAUGGGCAUGGCCUUUCCUGAUGCCAAUAUCCUACGGGUGGGCGCGUUGGGUCAACUACAACUAUUCCGGGAGCGGCAUGCGCAAGGGGCUGGUGCAGAUGAAACUGUACAAGCAGAACUCGAUCGAGAAGUAGAGAGGCUGGUCAGAGCGAGCGAGGAUGUCGCUGAAGAAGACGUGCAAAAGACGGAGGAGCAAAAUACUGAAGAAGGGACGUGGUUAAGUCCGGAGAUGAGUAAACGCUCUUUGCCAGGGCAUGAAGGAGCGGCAGGACAAUCACACCAAGCAGCCAGCUUGCAACAAUCCCAAAGUCGACCUGGUGGUGCUGCGCCAGCACAGGCGCCGAAGAGAAAAGUUGGUCUCGAUUUCCCUAGUAGUGAUGAGGAAGACGAUGAUUGAAUGACACUACACGAUUGUGAUGAAAAGGCUGUUUGUCCUGGCCCCCAAUACUGUACAAGAAGAGAAUAGUCCAACACUUUUGGCCGCUCAAGCUCGCAGAACCUAGCUACAUUCUUUUCACUGAUGGAGCGUCCAUCAACCGAUAUCC